AUGAAUUAGGAACUUUAAAUAACUUGUAUCUCUUUAACUAAUAAUUUUAUUGUAGUUUGUAAUACUGAUCAGCUUUUAUUUUUCAAUAGAAAAACGAAUGAAAAAUUAUCAUAUGAGCAAAAAUAAAUAUUGGUUUACACAUUUGCUUUUGAUGAAGAGACAUCUAAAAUUGCAGUAGACUCAGAAGAUAAUUCAAUUUUGAUUUUACAAAUUGUAAAUUAGAAAAUAUAGAGAAUAUUUUAAAGCUCUCCAGCACAUUUUAACUAAAUAAGAGGCUUAGUAUUCUAUGAAUAAGGGAAAAAAUUAAUCACUUGUAGCCAUGAUGAAAUGAUAUUUAUAUGGGAUUUGGAAACUUUUCAAGUGUUACAUUAAAUUAAUUAGUUGAAAGGAAAAAUAUAACAUUUGACAUUAUUUCAUAACUAAAAAUUCUUCACAACAAUUAGCUCUGAAGGAUAUUCAUUAUUUUAUAACCUACAUAAUAGAAAAGUUUUCUAUUGUACAAAUAGAAUCAAUGAAAGAGCUUAAGAAAUAUGUGGAAUAAAAUAAAAUUUAAUGAAAAACGAGAAGGUUCUAGUAUUAAUAGAUAAUAAAAUAAAAAUGAUUAGUUUAAAUAAAUAAAAAAUUUUGAGAGUACUGUAAUUUGAUGGAGAAUAUUAAGAAGCUUAAUUUUGUUUAAAUGAUAGAGCUUUACUUUUAAUUAAUUAUAUCGAUAUAAAGUUAUUUGAUCAUCAAACAGGUAUUAUCUUGAAGACAAUACCCUUGCAAAAUUAGGUGCACUGUUAUAGUUUAGAUAAGGAAAAUGAUAUACUUGUUUAUGGAAAUUUUUAUGGAAGUAAUUAUAAUAAGUUAGAUUUAAGAAUUUGA